AUGGUUAGAACAAGAGGUUUACCUCGUGCCUUAGGUAGUGGUACAGGCAGAGGCAUGGGUCAGGAUGAGCAUGAUGAUGAUGUUCCCAGGCAUCGUAGGCCUACCGCUUCUGCCCGUAGGCAACGGGUUCAGGUUGAUGUCGCUGAGGAAGUUCCUCAGGUGACUAAGGAUGUUCCUCCUCAGGUGACUGAGGAUGUUCCUGAUGUGAUUGCAGAUGUUCCUCAUGUGGACGAGGACAUUCCAACUGCAGAUGUAGAUGUUGCGGACGUAGUUGCUGAUGGUGCUGAGGGAUCACCUGCUGAGCAUGGCAAGGGAUUCCCUGGUGGGCCACAUGACACAUCAUUGCUGACAUCAUUUGUUGACCAUGUGGAACGACAUGAGUUGAAGGUGGUCUCCCACGGUAGGAAAGUAGAUAAAUUUGGGAGUUCAGCGCCUGAGAUUGAAGGCCUAGUUGCCGGCACCAGAUUAAGUUCAUUGAUUGGGUGUUCUAUGGUCACCGGCGAUCCUGAACUUAUAUAUGCAUUUGUGGAGAGGUGA